AUGUCACAAGCAGUGGCCCCCCGAGAACACAGCUGCCCAUUCAGAUGUCCUGUCUCUGCGCCACCCUGCCCGCGCCCAGCACACACCCUCCACUCCUACACACUGGAUAUACAGGAUGGCUGCUAGUUCUGGACCGUCUUUUCUGCGUUGGAUCCUCGUCCUCCUAACGGUUUCAGCCAGGUGUUCGGUGUCAGCGUUCAAGGUGAUGGAAGGUGCUACUGCGACAUUGUCCUGUCAAUAUUCAGUGAGCCGUUUGGGUUUGAGCCGCGUGUGCUGGGGACGAGAAUGUGGCACGUUCUGGUGCAACAACAUCCUCGCGCAGACAGACAAACAUGGCGUCAUCUCCAAGGCGUCGGACAGGUACAGACUGACAGGUGAUGUCCUCGCGGGAGAAAUGGAUUUGGGAAUUCUCGAUGUCAAGCGGACAGACAGUGGCCCAUACUGCUGCAGAGUGGCCAUAGAUGGCAUUUUCAACGACAAAAAAAUCAUUCAAAACUUAAGGGUCAUGAAAGCUCCAGUGACCGUUUUGACAACUAGCACCGCUGUACAUGUCACCGACGCCCCUCCUGCCACAGACCACUGGAGAGCCGUUGAAUCAUCACAUCUAGCCAUUCCAAGACAGAACACCAGUGUUUUCCCUUCAGGGACACUUGUGGAGGACCCUCUUCCCAGCCUCUCUCUCCAGAUCAACGUCCCAGUGCUCUCUCUCUCCCUCAGUCUGCUCCUACUUAUAGUGGGGGCAUUGGUCAUACUGGGGUUCAAACGAGGGAUUCACAGAAGAGCUUUAAAGACAGGCUGUUUGUCAGCCAAGGAGCCGCCCCACAUCAUCUAUGAGAUCCGCAUGAGGAGACCCGUGGAGGAGAACAUCUAUACUCUGGAUUAGGGAGGAGUGGCUGGAGCACUUUCUCUGGUUACGUCCUAAAUGGCACCCUAUUCCCUAUAUAGUGCACUACUUUUUUGACCAGGGACCAGGGAAAUAGGGAAUAGGGUGCCUUUUGGGACGCAUCCACUGUGACACACAGACAUCAGUCUGGCUGUCCUCACUAUCAAUGUUAUCAGCCAUCUAUUGGACGGAUCACUGUUGCCUGACACCUGCCUCACAAUGAUCACCUAUCUCAAAGGCUCUACUUUUACUUAUGGUGUCUAUGGGGGGAUUUUCUCCCUAUGUCAAAUGUAUUCACUUUUUUUAUAUAUUGUUAUUGUGUAGUUGUGGGAUUUGUUUUUUUAGAUGCACAGUAUUGGAUGUUAUCACAAGCAGUCUAACUUAUGCCUCUUUCUAAUAAAAAACUACAUAAAAGUAAA